UAUUUGCACGUGGGUAAUUCAACAUGGCGGACGCUGAGCGAAAGAAGAGUGGAUCAAAGAGUUUCAAGAAGAAAUUCAAAGGGAAGGGUGAUGAUAUCAAGCUUAAAGUUAAGCCAAAAAAGUUUUCCAAAGAUGUUAGAGGAGAUAAUUCACCAGGACAAAAAAGAAAAGCUCAUGAUAUAGAUGAUCAUGGAAAGAAAAAAUUCAAGGCAAAGAAGUGGAAAGAUGAACAAGGAAGACAAGAUGGGAGGAAAGGACACUCAAAACAGGAAAAAGAAAACAAGAAAAGUAACAAAGAUUUUUCCAAAAAUGACAAGGACUCGCAGCAUAGAACUAAGAAUGGACAAUUAAAUAGUAGCAGAGCUCUGAAACGAAAACUAGGAGAUGGCAGUGGAUCUAAAGACUUUGUCAAAAAGAGGAAAACAUCUGACCCAGGAGAACAGAAUAAAGAUUCUGAUGAGAAGCCCAACAUCUGGCGAAUGAAGAAAAAGGAAAGAAAAGACUUUCGUCGAAAACAAGAUGAAAACUAUGACUUGGUCCACAAUCUCAAACAGCUCUAUGAGACUAUUAGAAGAAAAAAAUGUUCCGAAGCUGAGAAAUCAGAAUUGGUAGAAAAGAUUUUAAAUCUAAUUGCUGGUCACUCACAUGAAGUUAUUUUCAAACAUGACACAGGACGUGUGAUUCAAGCUUGUGUUAAAUUCGGCACCGUAGAGCAAAGACAGAAGUUGUUUGAGCAGUUUAAAGAUGAUUUUGGAGAGUUGAUCAAGUCAAAAUACUCAAAGUUCUUUGUGAAAAAGUUUUUAAUUUAUGGAACAAAGAAGCAGCGUGAUGUCAUUAUCAAGUGCUUUUAUGGACAAGUCCGCAAACUCAUCAGGCACAAGGAGGCAUCAUCUAUUCUUGAGACUAUAUACAGUGAUUAUGCAAAUUCUGCACAAAAAGCUUUUCUCAUCCAGGAGUUUUAUGGAGCUGAUUUUGCUUUCUUUAAGUCAUCAGAGUUGACCUCUUUGGCAAAAGUGUUAAAUUCUGAUCCAGCCAGGAAAAGUGGAAUCCUCAAAUACAUGAAAGAUGCAUUACUUCCUCUUGUAGACAGAUCAGUCAUUACUCACAGCAUAGUACACAGAGUCCUGUUGGAGUACCUUACACACGCUGAUGAAAAUGCAAGAUUGGAAAUGAUUGAGUUGGUCAAAGAUUGUGUAGUCCUUAUUCUUCACACUCAUGAUGGAGCCAGGGUUGGCAUGCACUGUUUGUGGCAUGGAACAACAAAGGAUCGUAAAAUACUUAUCAAGUCUUUCAAGAGUUAUUAUGUAAAAAUCAGCAAAGAGGAGUUCGGUCAUCUUGUUCUUCUAGCAUUAUUUGACUGUGUUGAUGACACAGUACUUGUCAAGAAAAUUAUGUUCUCGGAAAUCCAGCCUUCCCUUGAAGAGUUAGCUUUAGACACAUAUGGCAGGAAGGUUUUAAUGUAUCUGCUGGGUCCCAGAAGCCCAGCUCACUUUCAUCCCAAAGUAGUUGAGUUACUCAAGAAAGGAGAUGGGAAUGCUAUUAGCAAAAAAGAUUCAGAACAGAGACGAAAAGAACUCUUAGAAGGCAUUUCUCCUGCUCUGUUACAGCUGGUUGAGAAUAACGCAGAAGAAUUGUUAUUUGAUAAAGGAGGCUGUCAACUGGUUUUGGCUGCACUUCAUAAAUGCAUCGGUGAUGUGAGGCCAGCAAUGACAACCAUAUCCGAUUUGGCCAAUAGGGACCUGGAUCCUGCAACAGAUGAUGAGGAUCAUAUUGUCAAAAGUGCUGCUGGACACUUUUCUUUAAAAAGACUUAUAAACCAAGACAAGGAACGACUUCAGUCUGCAGGCAACACAGAUCAAGUGCUGUUUAGUAAAUUGCUGCUGGACAACACAGACGCGGGCACAUUAUUAGAGUGGUGUAAGGUGAAUAGAGGUGCUUUUGUCGUGGUAAGUCUCCUGGAGUCUCCAGUCCCUGGAGUAUCAGACACAGUGAAAAGUCAGUUACAACCAAGAGUUGCAAAACUGAAGAAACAUGAUUCCAAGGGAGUGCAAGUCGUGUUGAAACUUCUUGAAAAUUGAUACGUGUAACGUCAUUCUCGGAGCUUUUUCUCAGCGUCCCUUCCCAUCCCCCAUCUCGCAUCUGCCAUCCGGCAUCCCUCAUCCUCCCAUCUCCAUCCCCUUUCUUCCAUUUCCCAUUUCACAUCCGCAAACCCCCCUUUUCCUCACUGGAAUCAAGGCUGAGUGGUGUACAGAAACGGCUUUGGCAGUCCAGUGACUGGGAUGAUGUAAACAUGACUAUGUAACAGACACUUAAUUUGCUUAAAUUAAAUUAAAUUGCUUAAUUUUUGCGCACAACAAGAUCGCAGAGCAAAUACAAAAUCAACGUAAUAUUCGUGAGAUAUACACUAUACUUUGGGGUAAAGUGUUAAAUGUCUCUUUUAAUUAAAUCUCAACGCAGUGGGAAAAACUGCGUGUAAAGAAUAUAUUUAGUUGUCAAUGUAUUAGGAGAUGCUGUUACUACUGCUAAUGGCGAUGCACUAAAAGGCUGCUGUAUUUGUUUCGCUCUUCAUCCAUUCAUCAUUCAUGAUCUAUUGCAUUAAUUUUUAAAAAAUAAAGUCACAUGUAUUCUCAUACACAGACAAGUUGCCACAAGGAUUGUUUGCAAACAAACUGUUCUCUUUAUUGCAUACAUUUAAACGUAGAAUCAUACUUACAUCCAAGGAAAAUUAAGAUAGUUUACAUUUUUUUUGUUUCUCGAGAGAGAGAACCGGUUUGGUUACUUUCACUCUGUUAUCUACUUUACCGAGACUGUUCAAAACGAUCUGUCCCUUAAAACUAAGACGAAUAAUUCGUUAACUUGUCUUUUUACAUCCUAAUUUACUUUAUGAUAUUUUAAAGAAACAAUACAGUCGAAAAUACGUUCGUGUAUUAAAAAAAUGUACUAUGUAUUUUCUUAGGUACUCACGGUGGAAAACGGGAUAUACUAUCGAGAAAUUAAAACGCCCUCUAAAUAUUAUUCACGUUACUACGGUUCACAGUGAAACAUGCAUGGGUACUACCUAAUUAAUUUUUGACUACGCCCCCCACCCCCGCGUAAACUUGGUAUAUAAAGGCAAAUUUGCGCGAGAAAAAGGGGUAAAACUCGGGGGUUGAGCUAACAGACUCUCCCUACAUGUCGUCUCGGAGAAGGAGGGUUUGAUACAAUUACACCCUUUCGAAUUAUUUUUCCUUCGCAAAAUCGGUAGCGGGUUAGGGUUGAGCUUAAACUCAUAUUCUAUUUUGAGAAGUAAACCUCGAGUUGCGCCUUACCU